AUGACUUUGUAUCCUCUGCAAAUUGCUGGACUGAUUCUUGGAUUCCUUGGAAUGGUGGGGACUAUUGCUACAACUCUACUGCCUCAAUGGAGAGUAUCUGCCUUCAUUGGCAGCAACAUUGUGAUAUUUGAAAGGAUCUGGGAAGGACUUUGGAUGAACUGUAUCCAACAAGCACAUAUUAGGUGGCAGUGCAAAUAUUAUAGCUCUCUUUUGGCUCUCCCACCUGAUUUAGAGGCAGCCCGGGCACUGAUGUGUGUGGCAAGUGCUUUGUCCUUGAUUGCCCUGCUUGUUGGCAUUUUUAGCACAAAGCAAGCCCGCUGCAUUGGAUCUAAUGAACAAGUCAAGGCUUAUCUCCUGGGAGCAUCUGGAGUCCUUUUUAUUCUGACAGGUAUCAUCAUUCUGAUUCCUGUAAGCUGGACAGCCAAUCUCAUCAUCAAGGACUUUUAUAAUCCAGCUAUUCAUGUAGGACAGAAACGAGAACUGGGUGCUGCACUCUUUCUUGGCUGGACAAGUUCAGCAGUUCUCCUUAUUGGAGGAUCUCUUCUCUGUAUUGUUUUUUUCUGCAAAAGAAGAAUCAGGAGGCACAGAUAUUCAUCACCAAGACACCGAGUGCAGUACAAACCUCAGCAUAAAAAUAUAAUGGCAAGUAAUACCUCUACCAGUUAUGUCUAG